UUCUAAUCGCGAUUUACUCCGAUACUAGGAUGUGUUUUGAGAGAGAACACUGAAUCGUCGAGCAGUAAUAUCACACACAAUGUUCGGCGCAUUCAGAGUAACGAGUCCGUUGUCUGGCGGUCUUCUAUGGAAGAUCCCAUGGCGCCUGUCUAAAUUCCAGAAAGCAAGGCAACGAAAGCGGCUCCGUGGUGUUGAUUCGGUGGUGGAUACGAUAAGCAAUGCAUUGGCGAAGAAGGGCGAGACGCUGAAGGCCCUCGAGACGUGGAAGGAGACGAUGCCUACCGAGGCCGAGAUGCUGCCUAAAGACAAAUACACCAUGUUUGACAGGAAAGAGAAGCGAUAUAGAAAGGGCAUUCACAAGCUCCCAAAGUGGACGAGAGUAUCGCAAAGAGUGAACCCGCCUGGAUAUUAAGCAUAUAUAUCAUAUUCCAGCAAUUGAGGCAAUUCCACGCUCCAAUAUAUCCAAUAUAUCACUUUACGGGAUACACGUUAUUAGGUUAUCAAACGAGAGGUAUCCGUAAAAAGGCAUAUCUUAAUGCGAUAGUCUGAGGCCGCAGAUCAUAGCCCAACGAGUUGUACAUUACUGUACUUAAAACAAGAGAAGCGGAUAUACUUCUCUCUGUAUAUGCAUGGAAUGAGACAAUCAAAGCUAGUCACAUCACCACAAUAGGAACCAGUC